GUCCAGUCUAGGGUUGGGAGCAAAAAGCAUUUGUGAAUGAGUUUUAUAUUUGUUUAAUAGCUUUUAUUAUGAGUCAUUCUUUUUAUUCUUUAUUUUUUAAGGAUUCUUUUUUUUUUUUUUUUUCCUUUUUUUGGCCACACCAUAUGGCUUGUGCUAUCUUAGUUCCCCAACCAAGGAUCAACCCUAGGCCUUCAGCAGUAAAAGCACCUAGUCCUAACCACUGGACCACCAGGGAACUUCCAGACUGGCCCUUUUUAAGUUGUAAAAUAUUCACUCCUCUAACAGUUUAUAAACACCUUAAAAUUAGACACCAAAACAAAAUCCUUAUACUUAACCUCUAUAUCUCCUUAUAGUCACUGCUUUGAAUAUAGCAGGCACUAAAUAUUGGGUUGGCCAAAAAUUUUGUUCAGGUUUUCUGUAUGAUAUCAUGGAAAAACCCAAACAGACUUUUAGGCCAACCCAGUAAGCAUUAAUAGGAACCGUGAUUCGUAGAACUCCAGUUUCUGGGACUCGGGCUUGUAAGAAGGGGAGGAGGUGCCAUGGCUGUUAGCGGCCACUAGAGGCUCUCAGGGCUGGGCAGGGUAUGGGGGCUGUGUAUAUGUGAUCUCCCACUACCCCCCACCUGGCCAGAGCUAAAAUAAUAAAAUGCUGAGCUCACUGUUCCCCCACCCUCUCCCCCGGCACCGGCUCCUCCUGCUGCCCGGACAGUGCUCCAGCAGAACAGACAGACCAACCAAGAGCAGGGGAGGUGAGAAGGGAGGUGGCCCCCAGGACUGGCUCCGUGAGUGCCACACAGUGGGGAGGGGGUGGGGGCCACCAUGUCAUCGUAUCAAAAGGAACUGGAAAAAUACAGAGACAUAGAUGAAGAUGAGAUCCUAAAGACCCUGAGCCCUGAGGAGCUAGAACAGCUGGACUGCGAGCUACAGGAGAUGGACCCUGAGAACAUGCUCCUGCCGGCUGGACUAAGACAACGUGACCAGACAAAGAAGAGCCCAACGGGACCGCUGGACCGGGAGGCCCUCUUGCAAUACCUGGAACAGCAGGCGCUAGAGGUCAAAGAGCGUGAUGACUUGGUGCCCUUCACAGGCGAGAAGAAGGGGAAACCCUACAUCCAGCCCAAAAGAGAAAUUCCAGUGGAGGAGCAGGUGACUCUGGAGCCUGAGCUGGAGGAGGCGCUGGCCCAUGCCACAGAUGCUGAGAUGUGUGACAUUGCAGCAAUUCUGGGCAUGUACACACUGAUGAGCAACAAGCAGUACUAUGAUGCGAUCUGCAGCGGAGAAAUCUGCAACACCGAAGGCAUUAGCAGUGUGGUGCAGCCUGACAAGUACAAGCCAGUGCCAGAUGAGCCCCCAAAUCCCACCAACAUCGAGGAGAUACUGAAGAGUGUUCGAAGCAAUGACAAGGAGGUAGAGGAGGUGAACCUCAAUAAUAUCCAGGACAUCCCGAUACCCAUGUUGACUGAGCUGUGUGAGGCCAUGAAGACAAAUACCCAUGUCCGGAGCUUCAGCCUGGUGGCCACAAGGAGUGGUGACCCCAUUGCCAAUGCGGUGGCUGACAUGUUGCGUGAGAAUCGUAGCCUCCAGAGCCUGAACAUCGAAUCCAACUUCAUUAGCAGCACAGGGCUUAUGGCUGUGCUGAAGGCAGUUCGGGAGAACGCCACACUCACGGAGCUCCGAGUUGACAACCAGCGCCAGUGGCCUGGUGACGCGGUGGAGAUGGAGAUGGCCACCGUGCUCGAACAGUGUCCCUCCAUUGUCCGCUUUGGCUACCACUUUACACAGCAGGGGCCACGCGCUCGGGCCGCUCAGGCCAUGACCCGGAACAAUGAACUGCGUCGCCAGCAAAAGAAGAGAUAACACUACCUUUGCCUUUACCAACUAGGGCUUGGAGCUUAAAUCCUCCUCUGUCCCCCCUUUCCUGUAAAUAAAGGCCCUACUGACCACUC